GGCGCACACAGCAUUCCCCCUCGGCAUCACCUGGCGUCCCCCCGGCAUCCCCCUGGCACGCCCAGCGUCACCUGGCAUUCCCUCGGGUCCCGUGACACUGCCCCAGCGUCGCUUCAUCAUCUCUGGCAUCGACCCGAUAUCACCUCGGCGUCCCGUGGCAUGGCCCCCGCAUCCCCCAGGAUCUCCUGGCAUCGCAUGGCAGUUCCUCAGAAUUCCCGCAGCCCCAGCACCACUCCCGCAGCACCCAUCCUGGCACCCCUAUCUCUGCUGUCCUAGCCCCUGGGAUUCGGGACACUCGGGACUGGGCUCGGUAGCACGGUGAGGAUGGAUGCUGGAUGGGCCGGGCUGCUCAUCACCCUCCUCCUCCUCCUCUCUGUCCUGUGGUUCCUGGUCUGGAGGAGUGACACGAAGAGGAGCCGGCUCCCUCCUGGCCCAGCCCCGUGGCCCAUCCUGGGCAACCUGUUGCAGAAAGAUGUCCUGCCCCUCUACAGGCACUACGAGAAGCUCAGCUGCACCUACGGCCCCAUCUUCACCGUGUGGCUGGGGCUGAAGCCGGUGGUGGUGCUCUGUGGAUACGAGGCGGUGAAGGACGCCCUGGUGGGACACUCCGAGGAGUUUGGGGGCAGGCCCGAGAUCCCCCUCCUGAAGCAGCUCUCCAAAGACUACGGAUUUGUCUCUAACAAUGAGAAGAAGUGGCGGGAGCUGCGGAGGUUCACACUUAGCACCCUGCGGGACUUUGGGAUGGGGAAGAGCUCCAUGUCCCAGAAGGUGCAGCAGGAGGCUCAGCACUUGGUGGAGCUACUGGCAAAGCUCAAAGGCAAUGCCUUUGAGCCAAUGACCAUGUUCAGACAUGCGGUGUCUAACGUGAUCUGCUCCGUGGUCUUCGGGAGCCGCUACAGCUACAGUGAUGCAGCUUUCCUGGAGCUGCUCAACGCCAUUGGGAACUACAUCAGCUUCUUCCUGUCCCCCAUCGCCAAGGUGUACAACACCUUUCCCAGCAUCAUGCACCAGCUCCCAGGGCCGCACAGGAAGGUCCUGGCCGACUGCCAGAAGCUGAAGGACCACAUCCAGGAGAAGGUGCAGUUCCACCAGCUGACUCUGGACCCCAGCUGCCCCCGCGACUACAUUGACUGUUUCCUGAUGAGAGCAGAGAAGGAGAAGGGCAGCCCAGAGACCAUGUACAGCCAUGAAGACCUGAUCAUGUCAGUGUUCAACCUCUUUGGUGCCGGGACAGUGACAACCAGCAACACCCUGGUGUUCUUCCUGCUGAUGCUGGCAAAGCACCCUGACAUCCAAGCCAAGGUCCAGGAGGAGAUCGAUGCCGUGGUGGGCACUGGCCGUGCCCCCAGCACGGAGGACAAGCUGCGGAUGCCCUACACCAACGCUGUGAUCCACGAGCUGCAGCGCUUCCACAAGACCCGCAUCGAGAACUUCCCACGCAUGACGACGCAGGAUGUCCUGUUCAGGGGCUACACCAUCCCCAAGGGCACUCCUGUUAUUCCGGUACUUUCCUCCGUGCAUUCGGAUCCAACCCAGUGGGAGAACCCCAAAGAAGUGGACCCCACACACUUCUUGGAUGAGAAGGGCGAGUUCAGGAAGCGUGAGGCCUUCAUGGCAUUCUCAGCAGGGAAGCGGAUGUGCCCGGGGGAGGCGCUGGCCCGCAUCGAGCUCUUCCUGUUCCUCACCACACUGCUGCAGAGCUUCACCUUCCAGCUGGCCACUGAGCACAAGGAGCUGGAUUUGUUCUCCCUAUGGCUCGAGAUUGAGAGGAGGGCGAUCCCAGGAAAGUUCUUGGCUGUCCCACGCUCGGUGUCCUCCUGAGCUGGGAGAACAGGGCAGGGAAAGGCUCUUCCAGGUACCUGCACCCCUGCCCCAGAGGGAGCCCUGUGGCCACAAGAGCUCAGCCACAGCCUCGGAGGGACAGUUUGGGCUUGGAGUUUCUCCUCCAAAAACUGUCAGGGACCUCUGCCACCAGCUCCAUGAGCAGUGCCCUCCCAGCUCUUCCCUCCCCAUCCAUGCUGUUUGAGCACCUCAUGGCAGGGCUGCCUGGGGCUCCUAGGCUGGGCAGGGCUCCCUCAGU